ACAAUUGUCCUAGUUGCGAUAUUUUCCCAGUAUUUACAGAACAUCGCCAUUCCAUUUCCUUGUAUGAAGAGCAAGGUCAAGAUCUUCGCUCUGUUUUCCGUAAGUUUGACAUAAACAGAUUUAACAUCAUUAAUAGCUGUUACCAAUUUGAUUGAAUAUUAUUGUUGUUAUUUCAGUCAGAAGCGGACAAUGUUGACGCAAGUUCCGUCAACCCAUAUUGCUUAUAUAAUCAUUGCCUGGCUUGUAUGCGCUCUUACCUCAACAACAUAUUCCUUCAACAGGUCUUGCUUUAUAUAAUCAUUGCCUGUGCUGUCUGUGCAGUUAUCCCAACAACAUAUUCCUUCAAUAGGUCUUGCUUUAUAUAAUCAUUGUCUGGUCAGUCUGUGAAGUUAUCCCAACAACAUAUUCCUUCAACAGGUCUUGCUUUAUAUAAUCAUUGCCUGGGCUGUCUGUGCAGUUAUCCCAACAACAUAUUCCUUCAACAGGUCUUGCUUUAUAUAAUCAUUGCCUGGGCUGUCUGUGCAGUUAUCCCAACAACAUAUUCCUUCAACAGGUCUUGCUUUAUAUAAUCAUUGCCUGGGCUGUCUGUGCAGUUAUCUCAACAACAUAUUCCAUCAACAGGUCUUGCUUUAUAUAAUCAUUGCCUGGGCUGUCUGUGCAGUUAUCCCAACAACAUAUUCCUUCAACUGGUCUUGCUUUAUAUAAUCAUUGCCUGGGCUGUCUGUGCAGUUAUCCCAACAACAUAUUCCUUCAACAGGUCUUGCUUUAUAUAAUCAUUGCCUGGGCUGUCUGUGCAGUUAUCCCAACAAUAUAUUCCUUCAACAGGUCUUGCUUUAUAUAAUCAUUGCCUGGGCUGUUUGUGCAGUUAUCCCAACAACAUAUUCCUUCAACAGGUCUUGCUUUAUAUAAUCAUUGCCUGUGCUGUCUGUGCAGUUAUCCCAACAACAUAUUCCUUCAACAGGUCUUUCUUUAUAUAAUCAUUGCCUGGGCUGUCUGUGCAGUUAUCCAAACAACAUAUUCCUUCAACAGGUCUUGCUUUAUAUAAUCAUUGCCUGGGCUGUCUUCGCAGUUAUCCCAAUAACAUAUUCCUUCAACAGGUCUUGCUUUAUAUAAUCAUUGCCUGGGCUGUCUGUGCAGUUAUCCCAACAACAUAUUCCUUCAACAGGUCUUGCUUUAUAUAAUCAUUGUCUGGCCUGUCUGUGCAGUUAUCUCAACAACAUAUUCCAUGAACAGGUUUUGCUUAUAUAAUCAUUGCCUGGGCUGUCUGUGCAGUUAUCCCAACAACAUAUUCCUUCAACUGGUCUUGCUUUAUAUAAUCAUUGCCUGGGAUGUCUGUGCAGUUAUCCCAACAACAUAUUCCUUCAACAGGUCUUGCUUUAUAUAAUCAUUGCCUGGCCUGUCUGUGCAGUUAUCCCAACAACAUUUUCCUUCAACUGGUCUUGCUUUAUAUAAUCAUUGCCUGGGCUGUCUGUGCAGUUAUCCCAACAACAUAUUCCUUCAACAGGUCUUGAUUUAUAUAAUCAUUGUCUGGGCUGUCUGUGCAGUUAUCCCAACCACAUAUUCCGUCAACAGGUCUUGCUUGCUAUAAGCAUCGCCUGGGCCGUCUGCGCCAUUCUAACAACAACAAAUGUGUUGCCACAGGAACCGGAGGUUGGAUACAAGGCAAGAACAGACAUACGUUUGGCCACUUUGUCGGACUCGCCGUGGUUCCGGUUCCCAUAUCCUGGUACACACAUUCUGUUGACCUAG